UGGAUCCGAGCGGCGCUGGGAUUAAAUUCGCGCUAAACUGGUGUUCGGCCACACUGUGCAGUGUACGGUUAGAGGUUCUCCACCCGGACCUCUGCUGUGCGCAGCGCUGAGCCGGAGACACCCGCCUGUAUAGGGCCUUGCGCCUGUCGAGCACGAGCCGGGCCGGGCCGACCCAGUGACACAGGUCAAGGUCGGACACAGCGGACACAGCACCUUGCAGUAUGUCUGAUGACGAGGGCGACACGUCGUCUCCGGAGCACCCUCGGCAGCUGGUGCCGGCGCUGCUGCAGCAGUUCUACUUCCUCGGCUGGGUUACCGGCACCGGCGGCGGCAUCUCGAUCCGCCGCGGCGAGCACAUCUACAUCGCCCCUUCGGGCGUGCAGAAGGAGCGGGUACAGCCCGAUCAGCUGUUCGUGCAGACCGUGGACGGACGCGAUGUGUUCGUGCCGGAGGGACAGCUGAAGCGCAGCGCGUGCACGCCACUCUUCAUGCUGGCGUACCGUCUGCGCGGCGCCGGCGCGGUCAUCCACACCCACUCUCAGGCGGCGGUGCUGGCCACCCUGCUGUGGUCUGGCCCAGAGUUCCGCGCCACGCACCUGGAGAUGAUCAAGGGCGUGUGGAACGACGAGCUGGGCCGCUGUCUGCGCUACGACGAGCAGCUGGUGGUGCCGAUCAUCGAGAACACGCCGCGAGAGGAGGAGCUGGAGGACUCCCUGGAGGAGGCCAUCAGGCGCUACCCCGGCUCGCCGGCGGUGCUCGUGCGUCGCCACGGGGUCUACGUCUGGGGGAGCACCUGGCAGCGGGCCAAGACCGUCUGCGAGUGUCUCGACUACCUGUUUCAGGUGACAGUGGAGAUGCGCCGGUUGGGUUUGGAUCCGACCCAGCCGCCGGCCACGGCCCAGUGACCCGCGGAGACCCCCGCACCGGUCACCGGGCAGCGGGACCAAACUGACAGACCAUCACGCUGUGUCCACUGUGGCAGACGUAUCCGCGAGGGGUCCGCGUGCCCUCCUGCGUCAUGCUGGACAGAGUGGAACGCUCCGUGAGCUGGACAGAGGGGAGUGAGAUAAAUAGUUUCUGUAUCGAUACUAAGCAGGCGCGCACACAGGAUUUUUGAAUGGGGGGGGGCACGACCUUCAAAUUGGGCCCCCCAUGCCGAAGGGCCCCCCCCAAAAAAAAAUACGGCCCACGGGGCUAUAUUUCGGUUGGUUUGAAGCUUGAGCAAUUGGUUUGUCAAUGCAUGGUAAAAUAAUUAUUUCGGUACCUACCAGCUUAAUUUUCAAAACAUAUAUAUUUUUACGCUAGCAUGUUUUUUUACAAAUGCGACUCAGAGCCGGCACAUAUACCUAAUCAUCUAAUUUAUUACGUAAAACAUUUCAUUAAUAAACAUUUUUGCAAGUC